CCGGAUAUGGUAGGGAGCGGGAAGUUGAAAAAUUCCGUUUGAAAAUUUCUCAUGACAACAAUGGUAUUUUCAGUUUAAUUAGACGUCUCCCUAAUUCGGUCUCCAGCGGUACGCGAAGAAACACAAGACAGAGACACAUUUCCCACAAAAGCAGCAUUCAGGAUGGCGGAGGGCAAUCUGGUGCGGGAACUGAAGCGGUGGGCAACGGAGGAAUUCAACUUGCCUCCGCAGAGUCUCCCAAAUGACAACUAUUUAAAAACGAUGUGUGUCGGGGCAGGGAAGUCGAUAUGGAAAUAUGUCAUCCAGCAUGUUUUUCAGGAGAGGAAUGUCAGGAUCAUGCGUGGAAAUCUUCAGUGGUACAAGGUGCUUCAAGACAAAGAGUUGAAGCAGGCUGAGGGCCAGAGUGAGGCUGCUAAGCGGAGAGAGCUCCAGGAGAAGAUAGAGCAGCUGAGAGCUGAGAUCAGUCACCUGGACUCUCAGAUCAGUGGAACAGAGGAACAGUUGGCCACAGAAGAGCAGUCCAUCAGCCGUACCUGGGCCCAGGUGGAGGAGAGCCAGCACAGGGAGCUGCUGCUGCAGGCCUUCAGGCAGCGCUGCAUUAUGGACCGCAAGGUGCUUUCUGAUGACACGUGCAAGAUCAGUGGGCACUGCGAGGCUCUGGAACAAUUAGCCAAGAAGGCAGAGAUUGAAGUGUUGUUUGAGAAUAAGCCAUCAAGCAGCAGUGAUACCGACUGCCUCGGCUCCAAAGUUGCAGCAGAGCCACAGGUUCUGCGAGCAGUGAGAGAGCUAUGUGAUGAAAGGGUCCUCUUCUUCCAGUCUUUACAAGAGAGUGAACUGAGGACAACGCCCUCUGCUGCCACACAUAUGACCCAUGAACAGAGGACUGCAGUAUUUCAGUAUUGGUUAAGUGCUGUUGAGGAUAUGUUGGGCAGCUAUCCUCCAAACCAAGUCCUGUCAGCCUUGCAGCAUUUAGCCUCCAGACAACAGAGGGAACUAGAGGAGAAGCUCGCCUCUCUUGAUGUGGCACAGGAUAUGACAGCUCUACGGUUGCGCUAUGAAAACAAUCACCUGCUGGAUGUCUCAAGAGAAGACAAUGAUGAGUUGCCACCUGUCAAGCACCUACUACAGUCUGCGUGGUUGGAGGUGGAGCAGACUUUCAUUGAGCUGGCCCAGACCCGCUGUAGGGUCCAGCAGCUCCGGAACCAGCUGCAGGCCCACAAGAACGAGGCCGAGCAGGGAGUGUCAGGCCUGGGGGAUGAGCUUCAUAACAAUGCCCUGGCCCUGUCAGUGUUUGAGCUGGAGCUGCAGUGUGUGAUGCAAGUAGCUGCCAGGGACUAUAUCAGAGAGCAGUGUCUCCAGCUUGACCGACAAGCAAGGAGCCGACAGGAGGCACUCAGGAAGCUCCACAGCCAAUGGCAGAGCAUCCUUGACUUCAGACAACUUGUGGUCGACAGACAGGAGCAGAUCAGGGGCCUGAUUAAGGGGAACUCCAUGGCCAAGAUGGAGCUGAUCAGUAUGCACAGAGAGUUAGAAGAAUUUGUCCAGGGCAAGCUGGUGCCACAGUUUGGUGAAGUCAUCGCUGCAGCCAACAAUCUGCGGAACUCCGUUUCCCAGGAGGCCAGACAGUUUGGAACGGUUUCACUCCUCGCUCUGGACCGUAGGACUGUUGAGGGAAUGCAAAGAAUCCCUGCGUCUUGGUUGUCCAUCUAUCGUUUACAGUCCUCCUCAUUCCACAGCUUGUGUCAAAGCAUGGCAUUCCCACUGUACAGAGCUCCAGAGGAGUUGUGUUCCCAGGCGUGCUCCCAACACCUUGAGUUGCGUUUUCUCUGUCAGUUACUGAAGCUGCACUCGACAACUCUACAGAAAUUGCAGAAACAAGCAGAGUCACUGCAUGCACCUGAUCAAAAAGCUUUGCUCUUGAGAGUUGUGGAGGAGGAUCAGAAACUUCUGAAGUCUCUGGUCCCAAGGGCCAGAGAUCUCACCCAGCAUUGCUCACAGGGCCUUUCGUAUGGGAGUCAAGUCAAAUCUACCAUCUCUUUUUGGUGGGAUCAGCCAGCCCAGCAUGUCCUACCUGAGAUCAGUAAAGGAGGACUGACUCUUCAACAGUGGUUACAACGAUGGAAACUAGCUGCCAAGGCCUCCUACUGAAUGCACAUGAAGU